CAUGAGACAUGCUGAUACGACACAUAUCUUAAACACGCUCGACCCAUAAUAAUAGAAGUGUUGGUAAUUGGUAGAUCAACAUAUUCAAAAGCCCACAAACUUUACGUCUCUUUCACUUAUUUCACUAGCCCUUCUCAUAAAACGGUGUCGUAGUAAGCAACUUUCUGAAAUUCAAGCAUACUUUAAUUUCACUGAACUCAAUUUCGAAGUUGAAAAUGGCGGGCUAAUCUUUCUCACUUUCUCUCUCCUCUCUCUUCCAACCUCCCAUGGCUUCCUUCCAUAACAGAGCAGAAGGAACUGUACUCUCAAAGUUAUCCGAGCUUCGAACAGUUUGCAACAAAGAUAUCGAAAUUCACCACCAAAAUACUGACUCAAUUUUCGCCUCUUUUGGGAAUUUCCUACAAUCACAACGAUCCAAAGCUGAAUUAACUGUUCAUAAUCAUGUGAAAUUAGGGAAACUCAAAGUUGAAUUAAGAGAAUUGGAGGAUGAAUUGGUCAGAGCUUUGGCAGUUAAGACACGGAAUGAGGUCAAGCGGAUUGCAAUAACAGACUCCCUUUCUGAAACGAUUGUAAAAGCGGAUGAGCUUCAAAAAAUUGUACAAGAUCAAGCAGCUAGAAAAGAUGAGUAUGCUUCCAUCCUAUCCGAACAGUCAAAAGCUAUUGCUGAAUCUGAAGAGAAUAGUCGGGAAGCUUCUAGGAGCAGAGAAGAAAUACAAGAGGCAUUUAAAUGGUACAACAGGAUACUUGGUUUCCGUAUUGAUGGAGGACAUGGUGUUACAUUCACAUUUACUAGCGUCAACAAAAAAUGUCCAGCUGAGGAGUAUUCUUUCACUGUUCGCCAUGCAAAUGAAAAAUAUACUUUGCUUGGUUCUAAGCCACACUUGAAAGAUAUUGAAGAGCUGGUCCAUGAAUUAAAUAAGAGCAAUGGCCUAUUCAGAUUUGUUAGAAUUAUGAGAGAAAAAUUCCAGACUACAUCAUUAGGGCCAGUGUCUCACUUCAUAUAUCAAGAUCAAGAUUGUACCAGUAUCUCAUUAUCUGCUCCAGUUUCCUUAGGUUCAAUUUGUAGCAGAAGUAAAUCGCCACUACCACUUAGAGAAGUCAAUGGAGAGACUAAAAAACUUGAUCAUGGAUAAGGCACCAAAUCACCUCAUCUCUUCCUAUCUCCUCGACGCUCACCUCGUCUUUUGGGUUAAAAACCUAGAGAAGGAUGAACACACAUAUGCUGUCCCCAGAAACUGGGGAAAACGUAAUUUAUGGGAAGGAAUAUUAACUGCUAUGUUACGUGGUAACAUUGGGCAGAUUUGCUUGACAGGUUGUGUGAAGCUUAGUCUAGUUGUAUUUACUAUUUAGUAUAGCUAAUUGUAUUUACGUGGUAAUCCUUUUUGCAAAUUUUCUUCUGAAGAGUGGAGACCGCAGCUGCUGCCAAGAUGUUUUUAAGUCCUUCAACUCCUUUUGUGCUGAGGGUUGUAAGUUGAGUUCCAUUUUGUGUAAAUAUUUUGUCAUAUGAUGUGCCUUCUGUUUCUUCUACUUUCCUGCAGUCCUGCCCUUAGUUUUGAGCACUAGGAUUCUUACACUCGAUGGACAUAGCGACAUAAGUUAAGACAUACUGUAAUAUUCUUUAGAUUUGGAGUUUAUUACGGUAAUAUUUAUUGUGUUAGGAGUUAUUAAUUGUUGACGGUAAUAAUACAAGUAGUCUUUUUCAAGCCGAACAUGGUGAAUAAUUGAUUGCGAUGAACAAAAUAUAGCAUGAGUUGCUCUACAAAAAGGUUAAAAAACUUUCAAGUAGAAGUAGUAAAAGAAAGUACUCCGUAAAUAAAUAAAAAAAUUAAAAAACAAACUGCUAGUACCACGUCUUACCUUCUCGAUCUUUCCUUUUU